AUGUCAAGCACUAUUCCACUCAUAACUACAUCAGAAUUUUCCUGUUCCGCUUGUCAAAAAAUAUUCAAGAAGCAAAGCGGACUUUCACUGCAUUUGACUAUUGUGAAAAAAUAUAACAUUCCGCGAAAUAAUUUAGAUAAUUUGUCAGAAACAAAUAAUAAGAAUUUUAAAAAUAUCCUGGUUUAUUUAAUUCAUUGCAAACUUCCAAAUGGGUUUAAAAAGGGAGGUCGCCAAUUAGUAUCUUUUGCUUGUACUGAGCAUCAGUUUUUUGAUAUUUUCAAAGGAUAUAUUCACCAUCGUAGCAAUAAAAAUAUUUACAAAUGUAUUUUCCGAGGCACUAUUGGAUAUCAAACAUUAAGUGAAAUCUUGAAUAAUCUAUUAUGGGGUCGAAGAUUUUAUGAUGAUCUGCCUCAACAUUUAAAAAAUAAUCCAUUAGCUAUUGUGCUGAAGAUUAAAGCUAAAAAGGAUGCAAAAGAAAAUUAUUGUGAAGCGGUGGAAAAUUUAUUAAAAUUUUUUAUCACACAAUCUUUCAUUUCCUCAUAUAAACUUAUGCCUAAACAUAAAGAAUACACAGUUACAUUAAUUUCUUCAGGCCUAAUAGUGGACGCUCUACAUUAUGGGCUUUUUUGUCAUAAUUGGUGGAUUUCUAGACCUUCUGAAAAACGCGAAAAUCCAAUAUUUCUUCACCCUAUUAGAUUACAUAUGAACUCUACAUUACUAAAGGAUUUACCAUUUCGUGCUUUCCUAUUUCCUUUAGGAAAAUUAAAUAUAUGUGUAUUUGGAAUUGGAAAAUCUAAUAAUAAUGAAUUGAAUUUUGCUGGAACGGGAUAUAAGACUUCUUUUAUAUACACAUAUCGAAAAAAAAGAUGUGUCUUUGUCCAGGAAUUAGAGGAUGAUUAUUGUCAGGUCACGAUAUACUUAGGAAAUAAAAUAUGUAAUAUUUAUGUUGAUAAUAAUCCAGAAUUGGUAUGGAAAGAAGUUGCAAUUUUACAACAAUAUGAAGGAAAAGAAUUGUUUGGGCUGGAAAAUAACAAAAUACAACAAUUGGUUUUGUCAACACCUAGUUGUACAUUAGAAAAAUGGAAUGAUGAUGACGUGAUGAGAAAACUGCAAACACAAUUUAAAAAAUUAUAUCCAUUUAAUCACAAUAUCAAUGAUCGAGAGUUACGUGCAUGGAAAUCAAUGUUGAAAAAUGUGGGAUGUACAAAAAUUACUCCCUUUACUAAGAAACAAUCAGAAUGUGAGUUUUGGUCUAGAUCUUCCGUUCCAACUGCAGUAAAUAUUAACAAAAAUGGGUAUGAUGGAAAAACUCAUAUUUUAUCUAUCAUUGCUAAAAAAUUUCCUUACGAGGAAAUUAAAAGUAAUUUGAAUGUAUCAAAUGAUGCAAUUCUUUAUGCACGAAAUCAUGCUCUCAUACAUGGUUCUGGUUGUCAAUUUUGGAAUAAACCUGUAAUAACACGUGAAAAAUUAUCAAUUGAGAUGCAAGAACAAUUACAGGCUUUUUUAAUGGAUAAAGCACAUGUCGUAAUGAGUUCAUAUAAAACAGAUGCAGCAACUAAUGAACCUGUGCAUUAUCUUAAGCAAACAAAAACAGCACUUUGGAAAAAAUAUCAUGAACAAUAUCCAGAUGGAAUUCAACGAACAACAUUUUUUACCAAGCUGGAAGGAAAUAAAUAUAUUUAUCGUGAAAAUUUGGGUGGUUUGUGUUUAACCUGUCAAAAAUAUGGAUAUGAAAUUUUUUCAGAUCUUAUUGAAUACAUUAACAAGUAUAUUACACAAUCUUAUAUACAGACUUCCCGUUUACUUUAUGCUUUUAACCAAUGCACAGAAUCUCACACAUUAACAUGUAAUGAAUGUCAAGAAUUCUUCAACUUUUUCGCUGAUAUUAAAACUCAUAGUAAUGAAACAAAUUAUAAUGAUCUUCUUGAUAUGAAGGAACAUUUGUUAUAUUAUCUUGCACAUCAAACAAGAAAAGUUUAUUUGAACACCCAAUUUAAUGCCAAUUUGUUAGCAUUAGAUGAAAAGACUGCUCUUUUUCUAGUUGAUUACAAGAUGAAAAUUUUGCCAAAGACUGCUCGAGAAACAAAAAGUGAUUGGUUUGGCAAAAAGGGUUGGUCAUUGCACUCUAUUUUAGUAUAUACAACAAUACCCACUUCAACCAAACUUCAAGUACAAGCAUUUGACCAUUGGUCUCCAGAUACCUGA